UGUCAUUGUCUGUCUGUUGUCCCGCUGUCUGCGUACAAUAUUAUUAUUAUUAUAUAUACCAUUACUAUUACAAAGGCGAAAACAGUAUUUUGUUUAAUAAUAACAUCAAUAGUAUAAUAAAAAAUGUUUUACUUUUGAUAGUAUCUUGAAAAAAAAGAAAAAUCUAUUAAAUAAUAACCAUGUCGGACGCGAAUUAUAAUAAUAAUAAUAAUAAUAAUAACAAUAACAAUAAUUGCUUGGAUAAUAAUUAUUUUAAACGCCGUUUUCCUUAUCGAUGUCGUCGCCACCGCAGUUUUCAGUGACGAUCGCGUACCGCGACAAUAGACUGUCGUGAUUUUACCGCGAAAAUCCAAACUGAGAUAUUAUAGGAUAAUAUUUUUAACGAACGUCAUUACAAUAUUAUGAUGAUUAUGCUGGAUUAGAUUAGAUUAUGUUAUUAUUGUUUUUUUUCCUUAGUUCGACUCAUUUACCCGCCUCGGUAUCAAUAUAAUGAAAUAAAGGUUAAAUUUUUAUACAUUGUGCAGUUUGCAAAUUGUUAUCAUCGAUUUGAAACUAAAAUAUUACAAUACAUACAUCUAGAAAACGGACUUGCGAGGAACUGUUUCGAAAAAAAAACGCCAUUUCGAAUAAUAUAUUAAUUUAUUACUUCCUUUAUUUUGGCGGGACGUCCAAAUCAAAUUGCCCAUAGACCGAUAAAAAAAAAAAAAUGAUCGUCUAAUGUUUAAAAUUUACACGAAAUCAUCUUAAAAGAAAAUCGUCUUAGUUGUGUACUAUCGUAUGUUACUGUAGUUGAUCGUUUGCACACUGACCGUGAUUACACAGAUGCUCUGCCAGUCGUUGUCAGAAAGUGUUGAAAGUCUUAUCGUAAUACCUGCAAACGUUGUAAGAUGUAUUUUUUUAAAAAUUAUACGACUGCGCAGGGUACGGAAACGAUCCAUCGUGCUAUGGACGGCAUGGUAGAAGAAAAUGCAACCAACGGUUCAGUCGAUACGCUCGUGUCGCAGGGUUCCGGCAGUCCUAUCGUUGUCACUUCGGUGCAUUCUGUCAUUCAAGCAAACCAACAGUCGGUUAUACAGACUGCAAACCCCGGCACUAUGCUUACCAAAGGCAAUGUCAUUCUCUUAAGUAAACCUAACUCUGUCAUUCAAACGACGCAAGGCAAUCUACAAACUCUUCAGGUAGUCGUGGAAGCUGGGAGCGAUGAAAGCUUAUCUGCAAACGAAGAUAGCCCAAAACGAAGUCGACUCGAUGCUCUAACAAGGAGGCCAUCAUAUCGCAAGAUCUUAAAUGAUAUUGCAGGUGGUAAAGUCGAAUCUUCGGGUUCAGAUUGUGAUUCAAACCUUGAUAGUGAAUUAUCUUCAAAUUCUCUCUCUGCUCAUUAUCAAACAGUUUUACCAGUACCUAAUACCAUCCAGUUAAAUAGUCAAGGAGAAAUGCACAAUAUGCCGACAUUAACAAUGUCGAAUGCGACAUCGACUGGUGGUACCAUUUUACAGUACGCGAGUCAAGACGGACAAUUUUUCGUGCCUGUUGUCACCCAAGGAGGUUCCACUCUGAAUUCAAACUCUUUGGUACCUGAAGACCAAGUAAAAAAACGUGAAAUGAGGCUCUUAAAAAAUAGGGAGGCCGCAAGAGAAUGUAGGCGGAAAAAGAAAGAGUAUAUCAAGUGUUUAGAAAACCGAGUAUCCGUUUUGGAAAACCAAAAUAAAGCUCUAAUUGAAGAACUAAAAACUUUAAAAGAACUUUAUUGCCAAACAAAGACUGAAUAGAAAGGCUAAUCUAUAAGCAUCCGUGUGUGUGUUGAAGAAAAAUCAUACAGGAUUUGACAGUAAUUGCAUGCUUAACCGUGAUAUUUAAAAUUUUUAAAAAAAAUUCUUGUAUGCUCAUUUUGUACCAAAAAUUGAUAUUUUAGUUUUUUUGACUAUUUUUGGAAUUAACUUACUAUUAUAAGUAUGAUUGAAAAGGUUUAUUUUUUUGUUUUAUAACUACUACAAAGAAAUCUUAAGAAUGUCAAUUGGAAUUUGAUGUGGAUGGCUAAUUCCAACUGAACAGAAUUUUUAGCCACAAUGAAUUUAAACAUUUAAAACGCUGUUAGUGUUUGUUGAAUAUUAAUUAUUUAUUAUCGGCAAUAAUAGCAAAAAUUGUGUUAUAAAAAGUAUUUUUAAUUUAGCCAUUCUAGUCACCGCACCCGUUGCAAAUACGCUCUAAACGACUUACUCGUAUCUUAUAUCAUCUGUCAGUGCAGACAUUUUUUUCCUCUUGUGAUUUAUCGACUGAUUAGGACUGUUUAUUGUGUUUCUAUCGUAUGAACUGGUCUUUAGUCGAUAAAAAAGUCCUUUUGAUUAUUGACAAAUUACCUUACUUUUUAACCGUAUCUUCCUUAAUAUUACAAUAUUAAAAUUUUUAAAUAUCAUUAUUAUUUACAUAUUUAAAAAAGUAUUUUUUUUAUGUAGGUAAUUUAAUGGAAAAUUUUUUGUUUUUAAUUGACACAUCAAAAAGAUGAUUAGUUACCUGUAUAGUUCACAAGUAUAAAUAAUAAAUUAUGUAUAUUAUUAUAUGUAAUAUAAUAUAUAUUUUUAUUCUACUGUGUUCGAAAUAAUAGAUUUACUGUUAAAAUUAAAUUAUUGUAUUUUUAUCGAAAGUGAAAGAUGCUAAAUAAAUAAAUAUAUAUAUAUGUAUUUUUUUAAAUAAUUUUCCAGCUAUUUUCUCAUUAAACAUAUUAUUGUUAUUGUUAUUAUUUUUUUUGGCAACAAUAAUUUUUUAAAUUGCACUCAUACUAAACCCUGAGUAUAAAUAAUUAUUAAACUACUGUUACUUAUUAUCAAAAUAGUUAAUUUUCAUAAAAAGACCUAUGUAUGUUCAUUUUAGUAUGUAUCCAAAUACGAGCUUUAUAUAAUUUGUCUUCACGUAAUUUAUGCUUAUUUAAUAUUAUUGGAAUUGACUUUCAUUAAGGCUUAUCACUUGAAAAAUAAAACCUUGUUUAAAUUACUAUUGUUACUGUUUAAAAUGGAAUAAUGCAUUUUGUUAUUUGUAUGGGAUUUGGCGCCUCAAAAUCUAGAAGUCCAAUAUUUCACAAAUGCUGUAUAUGUACAUAAUUUAUUUAGUUAUGUUUUUAUUUAAUUAUUUUAUAAAUUUUGUAAAAUAAGCAUGAAUGUUGUAAUUUUAUAAUGUAUAUUUGUUGUCGAUUAAAGAAAAAAAAUAUUUAUGAAUAAAUUAUGUAUUGUUAAA